CGCAAAUUCCCUAAGCUCCAUGUUGCCAUGGCGACGUUGGAGCUGCAUUGCGACGGCCCUGUGCUCGGCCUGGCAUACGCGCCGGAGGCCAAUGUGCUCCUCAGCUGCACCUCCCGCCAGCUGGCGGCUUGGGAGUGCUCGACCGGCCAGUGCCUGCGGGGGAUGCAGAGCCGCAGCGUCUUGCAGGCGUUGACUUACGCCUCACACCUGCAGUGCGCAAUUGUGGGUGGCCGGGAUGGCAGCAUCCUGGUGUGGGACAUCAACACUGGUGCAGCAAGGCGAGAGAUGAGUUGUGGCAGCGCUGUGUCCUGCUUGGACUAUGCCCUGUCCUUGAAGGCAGUGGUGUCCGGGGAGGAGAACGGCACGGUGGUGCUUUGGGACCUCACCCGGGGCGUGCAGCUGGCGGUGAUUUGGUGCCAUGCCAUGGUUCACUGCCUCUCGUAUUGGUUCAUCCCCCCGUACAUCCGGGACAUCCCGCAUUUGGACAACGGGGAGAUCCUGCAGAAGCUGAUCCCCGCCACGGAGAACGGCACCAUGGGCCGGGCCAUCGUCACCGGGGAUUCCGCCUUCAAGGUGACGGUCUGGGACAUGGAGACAUGCAAAGCCAAGAAGGUCCUCCACUGCCAAAGCCACGUCUUGGCUUUGGCGACCUCCCCCUUCCUGGGCUUGGUGGCUGCCGGUGAGGCGAAUGGUCAUGUGACGAUUUGGGAUGUGGAAAUUGAGCAGGUGCUGCACCGUUUGGAGGGCGGCGGUUUGCGUGGCCUGACCUUCGUGUCCCUCGAGGAGGUGCAGACGCUGAUGGCGGCGGAAUCCAUGCGCCUUGUGUCCUGGGACAUCGACACCGGCCAGUUCCGGUCCCGGCGACUCCCACGGGGCAUCCACUGCGCCACUUGCCUCUGCGAGAUCAAGGCGGAAGAGGGCUGUCGCCUCGCGCUGGGCGACAGCGCGGGGCUGGUGACGCUGCUGCCGCACCAGGAGGCCACCAGAGGCUUCGACGCCAAGCGUGCCGGGGACGGGGUGCGGCUCCGGAGCUGCCUGCGGACCUAGGACCUAGGAGCUGAGCGCUGACAAGGCCAAGUCGGAACCAGCAAGUCGGAC